GGGGGAGGGCGAGGCCGGGCGAGCCCGGGGGCCGCACGCACACCGCAGUCGCCUCGGCCGCGGGAGCGACGCGAGCCCAGAGCGGCCGGAGCCUCUCCCGUCGCGGCCGCUCGGAGCGGGCUGCCCGGACGGACGGCCGCGCGCGCCGCGGGCUGCCCCGGCAGCCGUGUGCGGAUCUGCCUCUGCCUGGUGCCCAUCCACUUGCUGCAAUGACUAGCCUGCUAACCUCGCCUUCUCCAGGAGAAGAACUGGUGACCACCCCAAUUCUUCAGGCCACUGAAGCCCUGUCCCCAGAAGCCGAGGCCAGCACAGCACUCAUUGCAGUUGUUAUCACCGUGGUCUUCCUCACCCUGCUCUCAGUCGUGGUCUUGAUCUUCUUUUACCUGUACAAGAACAAAGGCAGCUACAUCACCUACGAACCUGCAGAAGGCGAGCCCAGCGCCAUCCUCCAAAUGGAAAGUGAUUCAGCCAAGGGCAGGGACAAGGAGGAAUAUUUCAUCUAAUGAUUCCCGGGCCCCAAGGAGCUUCUCUAGGCUCCAGUGCUAACACACUAUUAGGUGAAAGUUUUAUCUGAAACCGGUGAGAAGCAUUGAUUGAUAUGGGCAAACCCGAGCUCCUUCUAGGACACAGGCCCAAAUGCCAACAUCACUGAUGCCAGGGACACAGAGAAAGCUGUUGAUGAUGUCUUUAGCGAGGCCUUUGUAGUCUAGCUGGUUUCGGUGGCUGCCCAACAAGGUGGAGCAACACCAGGCCAUAUGAGCCCGGUCAUCUUCACUUUUUUCAAGGUCGAAGGGAAGGAGAGUUAGGGUCGCUGGCUGUUCCUCUGUCCCCUACCUGGUCUGCUAGUGACAGCUGGAACAGAGAUAGUGUCUGUAGAAGUUCUUCCCAGGUGCUGGAAAGCAUGGUAAAAUGCCAAGCGGGGAGGGGCAGGAGACUAUGGAGACCCCACCCCCUGAUGAAUGUGCUAUAUCUCCUAAUCUGAGCCCUUCCUUUCCAUAUUCCCCAACAACCUUAUACUGAUGCUAUUUUUAUCACAAUUAAAAAUGUUCAUUGAUACAGA